AUGAAUGAUGCUGCGGGGAGGGCGGAGGGCGCCGCUACUGACGCCGCGGCAAGGCCCGCUUCAUCUUCACCAUUCUCGGCGGGCAUGUUGUCGGUAAUGGCUGGAUGGAGGGACAACAGUGAGAUGGAGACAAACACGUGUGUGCUUGCUUUUCCGUGGUGGCCAGACGUUCUUUGAGAGGUCUUCGACCGAGGACGUCACCAUGCCUCCACCGCCACCACUCGGCUCCAUCGCUCAACUACCCCCGGCCCUCUCGUCACUCUCGAGGUGCGCGCCCACUAGCCACCCCUGCAAGAGAUUUGGCAUGUAUGUCUCUGUGUUUCUGACCAUCUCCAGUAUGUGUACGUGA